AACAUGAAGAUACUGAGGAACAAACAGACCUGAUGCUGCUGAAAAAGGAGAGUCAAGAACUGAAUGAAACGAAAGACAAAGUUCAGUAUGAGAAACAUCAUGAUUUCAUAACUGGAGAGAAUUUGUUUAGUUCCUCACAGACUAAAACAACUUCACACAAAAGAGCUCAAAAGAGAGGAGCUAGAAGUCAUUUAACCUGCCAAUAUUGUGGAAGAGGUUUCAGUAAAAAAGGAAACCUUAAAGUCCAUAUUAGGAUUCACACUGGAGAGAAGCCUUACGCCUGCCAACAAUGUGGAAAAAGUUUCAGUAAAAAAGAAAACCUUGAAGUCCACAAGAGAAUUCACACUGGAGAGAAGCCUUACGCCUGCCAACAAUGUGGAAAACGUUUCAUUAAAAAAACAGUCUUUCAAAGGCACAUGAGAAUUCAUACUGGAGACAAGCCUUACAGCUGCAAACUGUGUGAAAAUAGUUUCAUUCAAAAAGGAGACCUUGAAAUCCACAUGAGAAUUCACACUGGAGAGAAGCCUUUCACAUGCACUCAAUGUGGAAGGAGUUUUACACGUAAACAAACUCUUAAUGCCCACAUAAGAAUUCACACAGGAGAGAAGCCUUACACCUGCCAACAAUGUGGAAAAAGUUUCUCUUUAAAAGGAAACCUUGAAUACCACAUGAGAAUUCACACUGGAGAGAAACCUUACACUUGCCCACAAUGUGGAAAAAGUUUCAGUAAAAAAACAGCUUUUCGAAGGCACAUAAGAAUUCACACAGGAGAGAAGCCUUACACCUGCCAACAGUGUGGAAAGAGUUUCUCUCAAAACGGAACCCUCAAAGGCCACAUGAGAAUUCACACUGGAGAGAAACCUUUGAGCCAGACAAGGAUUCACUCGAUAGAAGGAUUUUAUGUUGUCAGUGCAGAAGGAGUUUCACCGACAAGAAUCAUGUAAUAACUCGUAUCGGAGUGAAGAAUUCAUUGUGCCAUCGCUGUUGAAAACUGUGGGCAAACCUUGAAAUUCACGUGAGAAUUUACAGUGAAGAGAAGCCUUUCACAUGCCGUCACUGAGGAAAAAGUUUCUGAUCCAAAGAAAACUUAAUACUCACAUGAGGCAUCACACUGAACAAAAUGUUUACGUUUACUACAUUUACAGUUAAAGGGUUAGUUCACCCAAAAAUGAAAAUUAGCCCAUAAUUUACUCACCCU